UAAGAAUGGUUCACUCCAUCUUGUAACCCAGCGAGCAGGUGAGCGGAAGUUCUAUGGAUGAUAAAUGAACAACUGUAGAUUUGUGCGUAGUGAAAAUAGUAAACCGAAGUCUCCGUAAGAUUUACAAGAUGAUGUUUUUCAUGAAAAUUAGCUUUCUGUUACUCUUAGCACACGUGGAAUCUCUCUACAAAGAACAGCACAGACCAUGUUCAUUCAACGCUCUGUGUACUUGUUCAAAUGGUGGCCCAGAUUUAGGAUCUGUUUGCUGUCAUAAUAUACCAUUUAUGACUGUUCCGUCACAAAUCAAUAAUUCAGCUAUAUAUAUAAUGAGUCUAAAAUUUAACAAAUUGAGGUUUCUAGAAGGAAACAGUUUAAAUGGCACAGGACUAUGGAAACUUGAGAUUAAUCAUAAUCUUCUCACAGAUUUGGCUCCAAAUGCAUUAACUGGACUUGAAAAAACUCUCUCCGUCCUUGACCUUGGAUAUAAUGAAUUGGUCAGAAUUCCUAAAGAAGCUAUCCAAAAUUUAGAAAAGCUAAGCAAUUUAAAUUUGGCAGGAAAUCGCAUCAGCUCUGUACAAAACGACGACUUCCGUGGUGUGAGUAAGACUUUAAAAAUACUAGACUUAUCAGAAAAUUCUCUCAUGCAUAUUCAGAACGAUGCAUUCAGGAACAUGGCUCUGUUAGAAGUCCUAAAUUUGGCUUUCAAUGCAAUACUUUCUGUAGAUGAUAUUACCUUUCAGUCAGGACUGAGUAACUUAAGACAAAUAAUUCUAAUGGGAAAUCAGCUGCAACAAAUACCACUGACAACUCUAUCUAAUCUUAGAAGCAUAAAAAUCGUUAAUUUAAAUAAAAAUCUCAUUUCGUCAAUAUCCGAAGGUAGAGAAAUACGAAAUCGUAUACAUUUGGAAGAGCUUCAUCUUGAAUAUAAUCUUAUAAAGGUGUUAAAUCCAGAAAGUUUCAGACUCUUUAGCAGUAUUAAUCGUCUCUUCUUAAAAGGCAAUCCGCUCACAUUAAUAAAUAAUACUUUCGUGACAACAAACAUGACUGAGCUACAUAUGCCACAUUGUGACAUUUCAGAAAUUUCUAGAAAUGCUUUCUACAGUAUCAUGCAUACUCUAAAAGUCAUAGAUCUAAGUUAUAAUAAACUGAUGGAGUUUCCUUAUCUACCCUUUACAAAAUUAGUGGAAUUGUCACUUGCUGGGAAUGAAAUAAAAGAUAUUCAUCCAGAUGAUGUAAAAUCUUUUGGUAAUAUACUUAAAUAUUUGGAUUUGCAGGGUCCAAAAAUGACUGGAUUAUCGCAAGAAAUUAUGAAACACCUUCCAAAUUUGAGAGAACUUAUGUUUAAAAAACAACAACCAUAUAUAAAUAGCCAUAACCUAGCUAAUGCUGGUCCUUCCAUGGAAAAAUUAUAUAUAGUUAAAAGCUCCAUAAAGACGAUUGAAAGUGGGGCAUUUCAAAAACUUGGUGGUCUAAAGCAUCUUGACCUCUCAUAUAAUGCUAUCUCUAAAAUUGGGAAUACAACAUUUAAAGACAUAGGGCACUCUUUGGAGAAACUUAUUUUGCACUGUGCUCUAAAGUUAACAAUAUAUCCUUCUGUAGCACUGCAUCACCUAAUUAAACUGCAGUACAUAGAUGUAACAAGCAAUAGCCUACAAUACUUACCUCCUGGAUCAUUUUCUUCUUUUCAAAAAUUAAAAUUCUUAAAUUUAAAUCAUAAUGAGAUACAGAAUCUUGAUUCAAACUUUAUAAAUGAAGUAAACAAUCCAAAUUUAGUUCACCUGAAAAUAGCAUUUAACAAAAUUACCACAUUAAAUCCCUACACUUUCAGAGAUCUCCACAGUUUAAUUUACCUUCAACUGAAUGAUAAUCUCAUAAAAGGUAUACGGAAAGCAGCAUUUUUAAAUUUAAAUUCUUUAAUAAACAUUGAAUUAGAAGGUAAUUUAAUUGAAUAUAUUGAAAAUGAAGCCUUCCAAAAUUUACCAAACAUUGAAUAUAUUAAUCUUUCUUACAAUAAGUUACAAUUUUUUAACCUAAAAGCUUUUGAUCAGGUUGGAAGACUCUCAGCAUUAAAAAUUGAAGUAGAUCAUAAUGAAAUUCAAAACUUAACUGGCAAUCGUUUUUCAAGCCAUACAUCAAUCAACAUAAAAAGCAUUAAUUAUAGUUAUAACAACAUUUCAUACUUAGAUGGCAGCUAUUUUGAUCCAAUCAGAAUUUCAAUAAACAUUCUAGACUUGAGUUUUAAUAAAAUUAAAAAUUUAACUAUGUCAGCAUUUGUGGAAAUGACACAUCUGCAGACUCUCACGAUAUCAAAUAAUGAAAUUGAAACUAUAGAUGAUGAUGAAUUCAAAGGCCUCAAAUCUCUGCAGAUACUAGAUAUUUCUAAGAACAAAAUUCAAUCAUUUCCAUCUUAUUUGUUGGAAGAACAAAGAAAUCUUCGGAUAUUAUUUGCAUCCGAUAAUAACAUAAAUCUUUUAAAUGGGAAUAUUUUUUCAAAUACUGCUCUUGAACAACUUGAUUUAUCCUUCAAUAAUCUAACUGAAUUUCCUGAAGAAGCUUUACUAGAAAUCAGAAGUACUUUGCAGUCGCUGGAUUUAGCUGGUAAUCAUAUAAAAGUUUUGAACUUCAGCAACAUGGAAUCAUUGGUGAAUUUAAAACAUUUCAGUAUUGCUCAAAAUGACUUGCAUUUUCUAAGUGCUGAGGAGAAGCUUCAACUACCCAAACUAAUUUCUUUGGAUUUGUCACAUAACAACAAUGAACUGCCUCAGUGGAUUUUUGAACAUUUUCCAGAAAGUCUUGAAGCCCUUAAUUUAGCAAAUACAAGCCUAAAAGCAGUUCCUUUACUUGAUACAUGCAACCUGUUGUUUCUCAACCUGAGCAGAAAUUCAAUUAAAACUCUAGAACCUGAUGAUUUUGAGCAACUAAAAAAUUUACAAGUUCUAGACUUCUCAAAUAAUUUUCUUUCCACAACAUUCAGUAAUGUAUGGUCUAACUUGCAACAACUACGGUCACUGUAUCUGCAAGCAAAUCCAAUCCAGAGUAUAUCUAACAGCAGCUUCAGUCAUAUGGAAAGACUACAGGAAUUGUUUAUAAGCCAUUUAAAUUUACAAGAUAUACAGAAAGAUGCCUUUCAGCAAUUAACUGCAUUACGAAAACUGCAAAUUGACACAUCUUCAAAAUUGAAAGAUAUCACUUUAUCUCAAAUACUAAGUAAAAAUUAUGGAAUAGAAGAAAUACAUCUGAAUGUUCAAGAUCCAGACCUGGAAGGAAUUUUUAGUGGGCACACUCCAAAGUCUUUGAAAGCAAUAAUACUGGAAGGGGAAAACCUGAAGCAUGUGGCUGAAUCAACAUUUGCUGAUAUCCAAAGCCAAGACUUAAUCCUCCACAUCAGGAAUACAAAUAUAACAAAAUUAUCAAACAAUUUAUUUAAGAAUAUGAAAGAUGUAAAAAAUUUCACGGGAUCAUUCUUAAACAACAAACUGCGAACAGUUGAAAGAAUAUUUACACAAGCAGAAAAAGAGGAUUCAAAAAAGUAUCUGAAGCAACUGGAAAUGUCUGGUAAUCCUUUGAACUGCAACUGUGAAUUUGCUUGGAUAUGGGAAUGGCUAACAGAAUAUGAACAUGAAAAUGGAUGUCAAGACAUGUUUUGCGAUGAGACUUAUUUACGAAAUCUGCGUGAAGCAAAAUGCGUAAAUAUGAACAACAAAUCAAUUAUUAAUGUAUUCAAAACUGAUCUGGAUUGCUUUUCAAAUAGUGCAACAGGGAUUUUUUUUAGUACAUCAUAUCAACUCAUUUUUAAAUUAACAGUGGCAUUUUUAUAUAUAGGUAGACAUAUAUAAAUUUUACUAAAAUACAGCAUGCAUGCUUAAGAUUUCACAGCACAUUAUUUAUUGCCUGGCAAUUUCAGAUUUGUAUUUAACCCUUAGAGUUAUUUCAUCCAUAUGAAAUCUGAAAAUAAAUGUAAUCCAUGCUUUCAAGUAAUCAACUUCAAAUUUGCUGUCAUACUUAAAAUACAUAUUCUAUAAUGCUUAUUUUGAUAUGAAGCAACAAUAAUUAAAAUAAUAGAUUGCCUCAAUUAAAGGAAGCAGAAAUCAGGAUCUAAUUUCCCAAAUCAGUACUUUAUAAUGGUUUCACAUUUUGAUUCAGAUCACAGUAGCUUGUAAUUUUUAAGCCAAGAAAUGGCUAAACAAGAUUUUCAAUUUGAAAAGAGAAACGAAAGAAAAAUUUAUUUUUCAUUUUCUCAGUAAUGUUUCAGACAGCAGAUAUAAAAUAUCAUUUACACAGCAUUCUCUGCAUGUUCCCCAUACAUUAAUCUACUGGUUUCUUGAAUGAUAGUACAAAAAUAUUAAUGCAUUUCAUUUAAAGUACUCUUAUGUUUCUGAUUAAUCAAUUUAAUAUUUUAAAUAUGUCAUGCGUACAGAAGAUCCUUAGAAAUUUCAUAAAUUUAACAAAUAAACAUCACAAGUUACAUAAAAAUCUAAGAGGGCAAUAUAUUCUGCCCUAAUUUUAAUUAUAAAUUAAAUAAAAAUAGUAAAGAAUUUUAAAUUAAAUGUUGAACUCUUUUUGGUGUUAAAUAAAAUACCUUCAUAUUUAAAUUUUAUGUUAUUAAGAUGUGUCAUUAAACUAAUAAAUGAAAGUAGCCGAGUCUUAAAUUUUAAAUUCAAUACCACAUGUGCAGAACCUUCCUAAAACAAAAUAUGUGUUAAAAAUAUAUGUAGAAGUGGAUGGAAAGAAUUCCGCACAGCGUAACUCUACAAAACCAGACUAAUGGAACCAUAGCUAUUAUCUGCAUAAUUACACUUCUCUUUUUCAGUAGACCAAACACAUUUACUUUUAUGCAAGUGAGGGAAUUUUAUUUUUCACUUAUUCUGUCUUAUUUCAACAAUGGUUAUACAGUUAAAAACAAUACAAUAUUUCUUAUUUCUUUAAAAUAAAAUGCAAAAUAUUUUCCUUGAAAUUAAGAGAUAAAAUAUCUUUUAUUUAUUUGAAUACUUAUGUUCAAGAACAGAAAACAAUUUCUUCAAGAAGAAAAUAAACUACAUUCGAAUACAUGCAUGCACACACAAACACGAACAAAAGAAAAGGGGGAAAGAAGGGGAAGAGUGAAAGAUCAUGACGUACAGUAAUUGGCUCCAGCAGGUAAGAAAGAAUCUACAGAGGCAAGUUCCUUAAGUGAAGAGAAAACAGAAAUGAUAUUCCCCCACUGUUUAGAAAUGAGGCACUUUAUGGUAUGGUUCGCAGAGUGAACAAAGAAACUUAUAUUUUGUAUGCAAUCACCUUUACUAUUAGUGCUUAUUAGCCAUAUAUCUGCUAAUUGAUAAAGAUUUGCUUGUUGAUGA